GAAGGAAUGAAGAGAAAGAAAGCGAGAAUUGAGCGGUGACGUGCCGCCCAUUGCAUCAACUGGAUCACAUGGUGCCUUCGCUCUUCUGCGAUCAAGACUGCGGGCGGGCUGCUUGCGCGGUGCUACUCACUCUUUAUGUGACGUACUCGCUGCAGGGGAGGGGGGAGGCAGAAAGAGAGCCACCGGCCGAUCCCGCACAGGAGCGACUCACCGGAGAUUGGACCCAAGACUAAAAGCCAGGACUUUAUUUCCGUCUGCUUGCUGCAAAGAAUCAACACAUGAUCCAUGAUUCUCAUCCACCGUGAAGACUUGUGAGACAAUGGGGAGAUUGUACGCACCUAAUCGCUCGGUGUUGAGGAGGAGCGUCUUUCUCCUGGUUGGACCUCUGCUUUGGUCACAGCAUGCCGCUGGACAGUUCAUGGGAGGCCCGCUGGACUGCCAAAAGACGUGCGUGUGCGCCAGCAGCAUCAUCAGCUGUUCCAAAGGGAAUCUCACCAACCCCCCCACCCCUCUUCCGAAGUACACGUCGACGCUGGACCUCAGUUUCAACUCCAUCGGCAGACUCCGAGCAGAGUGGACAGCCAUCGUGCUGAGUCGACUCCACACGUUGCUGCUCAGCCACAACGGGCUCUUCUUCCUGUCCUCGGAGGCCUUUGUGCAUGUGACGAGGCUGCGCUACCUGGACUUGUCUUCCAACCGGCUCCGCCAGCUGGAUGAGUACAUGUUCGAGCCGCUGGAGAACUUGGAGGUACUGCUGCUUUAUAAGAACAGCAUUUCGCAGAUCGAUCGCUCCGCCGCUUUCUCGGGGCUGGUCAACCUGCAGAAGCUCUACCUGAGUCACAAUUUGAUCUCGCGCUUCCCCUUGGAGCUGGUGAAGGACCGAAGCCGCAUGGAGACGCUCACGCUGCUGGACGUCUCCUCCAACCGGAUCAAAGCGCUGACGUUUCAUGAGCUUCAAGCUCUGCCCGCGUGGAUCCAAAACGGUCUGUACUUCCACAACAACCCCCUGCCGUGCAGCUGUGAUCUUUUCAACGUGGUUGCGCGCUGGCACCUCAAAGACCUUAGCUCAGCGGUGGACUUUAAGGAUGAGCACACUUGCAUCCUCGCCGGUCAACCAAAACGAAAAGUGGUCACCCUUGAACUGAAUAAAGCUUAUUUGAACUGCAGCGAGGUCAAGAUAAUGGACAGGGAAGCCUACCUGGAGCAGUUUGUGGUGCUGGACUGCGACACCAAGCAGAGAGACAUGGUGAAGACCUGGACCCUGCCAGGAAACAUCCCGAUGUCUCCGGCAAACAAAAGCGCAACAAUACUCCCAGAUGGAAACCUUCAGCUCGGACCUUUAAAGGAGGAUGACUCCGGCGUGUACACCUGCCACGCCACCGCAGACACCCUAAACCAGACACUCUGCUUCACCCUCAUGGUCUUCAACAGCACCACAAAUGCCAACUCGGAGAACCUGAAGACGGCGUGCACCACGCUCAUAGCGUGUUUGAUCAGCAUCGUGAUGGUUUUCGUCUACCUCUACCUCACACCUUGCCGCUGCGCCUGCUGUCCGGGUCAAGAUCCGGAGAAGGAUGACCCGAUGGGCAGCCUCCACUCCUCCACCGUCAGCGACACCCAAAACUACCAAGAGACCGAAUCCGAAAAAGGGAACGAGGGUGGCAGGGACUUCGCCUACGAGGCCAAAGACCCGUUGGAGCAGAACGGGAGGUUGAACCCAAAAGGGGAAGAGGAAUGGAAGGGGGCAAAUAAGAAAAGAAAGGCGUCAAUCAGCUCUGUGAGUUCAGACACCCCCAUGAUGGUGUAAGUAAGUAAGUGAUGCAAGAUUCCAAAUGACUCAACAUAAAAGUGCUUUGACUUCGUUUGUUCAGAGUCCGAGAGUGACGCGACUAUUCCAGUCAAUGUGUACAAGCUUCCUACACUGAACUGUUCAUGACAUCCAGGAAGCUUUCAUUGCUCAGAGGACGAUUUGAGAGGACCUGAAAGGUUCUGGGCAUUAAUGCCCCAACCCUGAGUAGACCAGACCGCCACAAUAACAUUGGUGCGGUCACAACAUGCAAGUAGCAAUGCUCACAAAAGACACCAUUAGAGCAGACAAACAGAUCAGUGAAAACUGACAGUUACGGAUGCAGAUAAAUAAGGUGCAAAAACAUUUCGCAUAUGCCAGAAAAAAAAUUGUAGCAUUGAAUGAGCUUUUUUUUUGCCUUAUUUGCACUUGCCACUAGGACAGUGGUUGGCAAACUACGGCCCGCGGGCCAAAUCCGGCCCGUUUGUCUUUUUAAUCCGGCCCGCCGAAGGUUGGUCCACAAUUAAGGUUCGAUGUGAAUGAUUGCAUUAAUUUCAAUUGGACUUGUAAUGACAGGCAUUUCACCGCCAGGUGGCGCAUUGACUUGAAGUUGCAGAACACGGGGGGCGGGGCAAUCUUUUCGACCACCUAGUACCUCUGUAUCGCUCUACUUCUACUGGUCCGAUCAUAACCCAUCUGCAGCGAUGCACAGGCUAAAAUAGGUCAUCAACUACACUGUUGUCAUUUAAAAAAGUAUAUUAAUACAGUACUUUCAUGCUUUUGUUCUGUUGAUGUUUGAUAUGGACUGUCAACAAAUGCAGUUUUUAAAAAAAUGUACCAUAGCUCGUGCUGACCUGGCCCUUCUGUCAAAUUUUAAAAGUCAAUGCGG